AUGGACCAAUAUCGAUAUAGACGUUCCAAAAGCACACAAUCAUUGCAGAACACUAGUGGACGGACUGGUGGUGUAUUUCAAGAACGUGUUAAUGAUAAUCCACAUUUGGGAGAGAGCAACAGCGAUAUGAGCUAUUCUAUUUAUGCACAGCAGCCAGCUGCACACAUUACGGGUGCUUCACCCCCAACCAAGAAAUUGAAGAACUCGAGCUUGGAAUCACAAUUAUUUAUGCCAGGGCAGCGCCUGGGUGCGGUUGAGCCAAAUUUGAGCUAUACUAGGAGUUACAGCGCGCUGAAUGACUAUCUGCUGGCGUCGAAGGCCCCCAGCUCGGCCAGUAUGCUGCGGUCUCAGUCACAUAAUGAAAGUGACGAAGAUGAACGAUUUCUCCGGUUGGCUAGAGAAGCGUUGGUGGCCACGGCUACCGCUGCGAAGAACAACUCGGAUGGAUUAUUGGUUGAUCCAACGAUUCAUGACUUGUUGACAAGAUUACAAUACGUUUCGUCGCCUCAUGGAAAUCCUAUAAGGCGAUCGGACAAAAUAAGAGCCAAUGAAAACGGUCAACUAAUGAUUCAGGAUUUCUACCAGAAUUUUCCAAAUUUGAGUAAUGACAUAUUCUCUGAGAACAAAUUUGGUGGGGCUGAUAUCCUCGAUCAUCAGCAUCAAAGACCAGAGCCUCAUUCUGCUCGAAAUGAAGAUUGGAAUUUCUUGAUAGGUGAGCCUCUACACUUAGAGCUGAAAGAGUCAAGAGCAGCGCAUAACCAAGAACAAACUAUACCUCACGCAACAGACGAAAAUUCAACGUCCGUGCUAUCGGAUAACUCGCAACUGGACAAAAGCGGAAAAGAAGACGAAGAUAGGAAGUUCUUAUGUUCUAAAUGUACUAUGUCGUUCAGACGUUCUUCUGAUUUGAAGAGGCAUGAAAAACAACAUUUGUCCAUACCCCCUAAUAUAUGUGAGCUUUGCGGUAAAGGUUUUGCUAGAAAAGAUGCUUUGAAGAGACAUUCGGGUACGUUAACAUGUAAGAGGAACGCUGACAGAAAAUUGUAUGUCGAGAACCUAAACUACCUACAUCGAUCCAACCAAUCCUCAUUGCCGACCCUGCAGAACUAUAAUUCUGGGAGCGACUGGUAA